AGUUUUGUAACAGUCAGCUGCCUCCGUCAACUACUCUGCAUUUCACCCUGGGCUCAACAUCUCCUCGCUCUCUCCAAAAAGAGGGGAAGCUUAUCACGGAAUCUUUUACCCUAAUAAGUCUUUAUCGAUCCGCCGAUUCAGCAGGCUUCUUUGAUUGGUGCAGCCGGCCGAGAAGUGUGUGGUCUUUUUAGUAAGCUCCGUAAGAUCUACGCCUCGGAUCUCGGUUUAGGGUUCCGUUUGCGUGGUCAGAUAGAUGCAGAGGUCAACAAGGAACCUUGAGAGGUCGACGACGAUGACAAGGGAGAAACGGGUUUUGGAUACUGGCGACGGCGACGAACGCGGCGGUACAGAGACGAAGCGUCAGAAGGUUCCGGCUCUUGCCAGUGUGAUUGUGGAAGCUCUCAAGGUUGAUAGUCUGCAGAAGCUUUGUUCAUCAUUAGAGCCUGUGCUUCGUCGAGUUGUCAGUGAAGAAGUGGAGCGCGCUUUAGCAAAGCUUGGCCCUGCUAGGCUUGGGGCAAGGUCUUCUCCAAAACGGUUGGAAGGACCUGAUGGAAGAAGCUUGCAGCUGCAGUUCAGGUCAAGAUUGUCUUUACCAAUUUUUACUGGAGGAAAGGUAGAGGGAGAGCAAGGCGCUGCAAUUCAUGUUGUGUUGAUUGAUGCAAACAGUAACCAGGUCAUAACUUCUGGGCCCGAGUCUUCUGCAAAACUAGAUAUUCUGGUGCUUGAGGGUGAUUUCAAUAAUGAAGAUGAUGAAGAUUGGACUGAAGAAGAAUUUGAAAGUCAUGUUGUCAAGGAGCGAGAAGGCAAGAGACCCCUUUUAACUGGUGAUUUACAGGUUUCCUUAAAAGAAGGGGUGGGAACCCUUGGAGAACUAACAUUUACUGACAAUUCUAGCUGGAUAAGAAGUAGGAAGUUCAGGCUUGGUUUGAAGGUUGCAUCUGGAUUCUGUGAUGGUGUUCGAAUUCGAGAGGGGAAAACUGAAGCAUUUACAGUUAAGGAUCACAGAGGAGAAUUAUACAAGAAACAUUAUCCACCUGCCCUAAAAGAUGAAGUUUGGAGAUUGGAGAAGAUAGGAAAAGAUGGUGCAUUCCACAAAAAAUUAAAUAAGGUUGGGAUUUGUACAGUUGAAGAAUUCCUUCGGCUUUUAAUUAGGGAUCCACAGAGGUUGAGGAAUAUUCUUGGAAGCGGCAUGUCCAAUAAAAUGUGGGAUGUCCUUGUGGAGCAUGCCAAGACCUGUGUCCUUAGUGGAAAAUACUAUAUAUAUUAUUCUGACGAAGCACGGAAUGUUGGUGCUAUUUUCAACAAUAUCUAUGAAUUUACUGGGUUGAUUGCUAGUGGACAGUACUUCUCAGCUGAAUCUCUUAAUGAGAACCAGAAGAUAUUUGCUGAUACGUUGGUAAAGAAGGCAUAUGAUAAUUGGUUGAACGUUAUAGAGUAUGAUGGCAAGGCCCUUUUGAGCUUUAAAAACAACAAUAAGGCCACUCGCAGUGAAACUUCAUCAGAUUGUUCUACUUAUUCCCAACAAAUCCAACAAGUUGCACAGCAGCAGUUACCAGCUCCAGUUGCUGUAGAGCAGCCUUCAAUUGAUACCUCGGUGCCCGUUGGAGGGAUAGCUGCUGCACCGUAUAAUGGGAACCAACCUGCCAGAUAUGCAAAUCAAACCCAGCAGAUCAACUCAGAUGUCCACAUGCAAUAUGACAACAAUUCUUUUGGUCCACAGAGUCAAUUCAAUAGCUCAUCUCACCAGACUCUUGUCACUAGAAGCAACAAUCCAGGGCUUGCUUUGCCCCCUCCUCAGCACGCAAGCUUAGGUUAUCAGCCCGUACAAUCAGUAAAUGCAAACUCCUAUGAUGACUGGUCCCGUCCACGUGACAAUCGUGGCGUCGACGAGUUUUUCUCCGAGGAGGAGAUACGAAUGAGAAGCCAUGAGAUUCUUGAGAAUGAGGAUAUGCAGCAUCUACUUCGAGUCUUCAACAUGGGAGGAGCAGCUACUAGUAAUCUCCAGGAAGAUGGAUAUGGCUUCCCAUCAUACAUUCCAUCUCCAUUCCCCAGCUAUAACUUCGAUGAUGAUCGCAGCCGUUCGUCUGGUAAAGCUGUUGUUGGGUGGCUUAAGAUCAAGGCAGCCAUGAGAUGGGGAAUUUUUAUUCGGAAGAAAGCAGCUGAAAGAAGAGCUCAUCUUGUCGAGCUCGAAGACGAUUAGUAAUGGUAAUGUUGUUAGCAAUUGUAAAAUGAAGAGUCUGGAAGUCCUGCUGGUAAUGUUAGAGAAUUCCUCUUCACUGUAUAUUAAUGUUCUUCCCGUGUUCAGUUUAUGCCAAUCCUUGAGCACUUUUUCUUCUACAAAAUAUCAGGAAAGGCUGUUUGAAUUAAGAUUAUUUGGUGAAUGAACAAACGUUGUCCUACUAAAUCUUCUUAGUUUUGUCAGUAGCAUGGAUUCGGAUUCCUUAAAUAGUGCUUAUUUCAAAUAAGUUUGAAUGCAGUUUAUGCCA